CAUGUCGUCGCGAGAUCUGCGCCCGACCAAAAAGCGCAAAAGUGAAGACAUCAACGGUCCCAACAUCGCCUCAGACUUCUCAGCAGACCAACCAUCCAAAAGAUCCAAGACCAACAACACAGCACCAAAGCCACAACGUCGUCCAAAAGCAACCCAAACCAAAUCAAUCGCAAUCAAGACGCCUCAAAAGUCCCAAGAGAAAAACAUGUCAUCAAUCGACCAACCCAUCACCCACGACCCAUCCCACCCAUCCCCCCUCACCCUCACCCUCACCCUCACAGAAUCCACCGGCGACAUCUUCUCCGCCCCACCCAACACCCUCCUCAUCCACGCCUGCAACACCGAAGGCUCCUGGGGCGCCGGAAUCGCCGCAGCUUUCAAAUCCCACUACCCAUCCGCCUACACCAUCUACCACGACCACUGCCACAUGCACGGCGGCGAAUUAUGGCAGAAAGCUCUACUCAUACCUCCUCAGCCCGACGAUGAGAACGAGCAUUUUAUCGGAUGUCUGUUUACUUCGAGAUCGAAAGGUCGGAGGAAGGAUUCCCCGAGUCGGAUUUUGGGGGCUACGGAGCCGGCGAUGAGGGAUUUGUUGAGGUUGGUUAGGGAGAAUGGGGAGGUGGGGGAGGUGAGGAUGUGUAGGGUUAAUUCGGGGUUGUUUGGGGUUAAGUGGGAGAAGACGAAGGGGGUUUUGGAGGGGAUUGAGGUUGAGGGGGAGGGGGUUAGGGAGGUUAAGGUUGUUUCGAGGGAGGAGUAGAUCGACGGAAGGGCGUUAAUGGCGAUUACAGGAGCAGGGAGUCGAUUGUGUCGUUGUUUCGGAUGGCAGAAGCUGUACACAGUCUGCGCAGCGAAGGGAGGUCGAGGGGGGGAAAUGACGGCAAUAUAAAUUCAUGAUUGGAAUGAUCGAAAGUACGAAACGUGAGCAAGAAGCCACCACAACCAUGCAAUGCGAAUAAUUACAUCUCACUACUAGCGGG